CGUAUGCCUGGGUUCAAGGAUGUGUGCCUGUUGUGAAUGCUACACCUCCCCCCGCCUCACCACAGGAGGCUGACAUUGGACAGGUCCCGGUACAAACAGAGUCAAGAGUCGAUCAGCUAUGUAAUGUUAUGGCCCAAACAAACAGCUCUCCAAAGCAAUCUGGAAAGGAAACAAAUCACAGGAGGCAUGUCCGUUACGAGUGCUUUAAAGUGCAUAGUCCUCACCCCUCAACAAAAAUUGGUCUAAGGAAAAAGCAGCAGGUUAAAUUACCUCCCAUGUCUGUUCCAGGCAAAUUACUGCCACCCCUGUCCUGUUCAGCAGAAAAAGAGGAUGUGGAUGUAGAAGGUAAAGAUUGGGCACGUUCUGUUUAUAACCACACGACUGGAUCAUUAUAUCAGCACAAGAACUUCCAACCCAUACCAAGGCUUGAUCCCUCUUGCCUGCCUCGACACUGCAUCUUUCCUCAGUAUGAGAUUGUGGAUAGCAACUACACAAAACCCAACUCCAAGAAAGCAAGUGGACUAUCCAAACUAGAACCAAGAUAUAACAAGAAGCAAACUGAGACAGGUACCUCACUGAAGCAACUAACCAGCUCCAAGGAUCAGCCAGCAAAGUUUCAGAGGAGAAACGAGGCAGAUGUCUGGCUGAAGACAUUGUCUCCUUCUAGACAUAGAAAUGAAGGGAUUGUGUCCUCUCAGUCUCUGAGGCUGGACACAAUGGUUUUGGCCAAGGGUGUUUCUCUGUUGGAUCCCCAGGCAAUUGAAAAUAACCCUCUCAAAUGUUACCCUCCUACCCAGUCUACCAAGCUGAGGCCGAUACGAAGGGAUGCAGCUGUGCCACUGUUUUCCGUUGAUCAGUUUACUACAGGUCCACCACCUCAGGUCACCCCAUUGUUUCAGUCCCAGGACUGUGACUUUAAAAUGUAGUGAUAUAUGUCUGUGGCUGUAUUUACAGCAGAAUGAUCUUAAUGUUAAGGAAAUAAAAAGACCCUUCUAAUACAAGAACACUUCAUAUAGUGUAGGCAAAAAAAGAAAAUUCAGACUCAAAGCAUUUUUCCCUCCAUGUAUUUGUUGCAUCUUUACAUAUGCCAUAUAGCAGUGAGAUACACUUGUUCACAUAUUAAAAACUGAAUACAAUGUGUUGUUAUUCCUUUUGAAAUCAAUAAACAAUUACAAUAUAUAAA